ACGAAGAAAGAUAUUUUUGUAAAGGACUAAAAUGGUGGUGAUUAAAAGACGAGCUAAUGGAACGGAUACUCCAAAGAAAGAGCAAGGUGACUCUACUGCAUCAUCUAAGAGCACUAGUAGAGAAACAGCUGUUCAGGAUGUUCCACCAGAGCCAGAUAAAGGAGGAAGGUGUUCUGGGGUUUUGAAGUAUAUUGUUUUAGUUCUUCUAGUUCCUGCUUUUCUGAAUCAUGCAGCUUUGUACAGAGAAGCCAUUGGGCUUAAGCCUCAAGGGGAGCUUUACGACAUUGGAUUUGGUCAGAAGAUGUUCAUGGGCUGUGUUGGACAAGGAAAGCCUACUAUCAUACUUGAUGCACCCACAGGAAUGUCCUCAGAUGCAUGGACCCUUGUUGUACCAAAGUUAGCCAGGAUUUCUACGGUUUGUUUUUUUGACAGAGCAGGGCUUGGCUUUAGCGACAGACCCUUUAUAAACAGGUCAAAAGAAAAUGUUAAAGAUAAAAACCGUGGCGCUCCAUCCACUACUGAAAGAAUGACUGAAGAUUUCCAUAGACUUUUUACAGCAUCAAGUACCCAAGCAAAACCCUUUAUUUUAGUUGGAUCAGAAAUUGGUGCAGCCAAUGCACGAUUCUAUGCACAGCUUUUCGAGGACCGAGUAGCAGGAUUGAUCUUGAUAAACCCUUUGAUAGAAGAUAUGUUUAUUGGUGAAAGGUAUCCAUGGACUGGGUUGUGGCUGAGAAAUCAUAUUUCAGGCUUACAGGCCCUUCAGUUUUCUGCAGCUAUUGGUGUCAGUCGCUUGGCCUUUAUUUUUGGUCUUAUGAAAACACCUAUUAAUCAUACUAUUGUAGCUGAUGAUGUAACUGCAAGGCAAAAGUACUUGAUGUGUAAACCAGGACACUUGAGUUCAGCUGUUGAUGAGUAUUUCUUUGCCAAUGAAAGCCUUUCUCAGUUAAAGACUUUAUCAAAACUUAAGCGCUUUGAUCCAAACAAUGUUAAAACAAGUGUUUUGAUCAGUAAAACGUAUAACAAGAGAGCUGAUGAUGUUAUAAAUAAGGAAUGGCAAACUGCCAAAGGUCUUGUUGAGAAGUUUUUUAGCAGUUCRGGAGCAGAGAACUUUAUCCAUCUACCAGGAAGUGCUGAUGCAGCUCUUUUUGAACAUUCAAAAACAAUAGCAAGUGUCAUAGAAAAACAUGUCAAGAUUUGGAGAAUGAAAAAAAACCCUCAGCAAGCACAACAGAAUAUCAAAUCUUUUUCUAUGUAAAAAAUAUGUAAGAGAAAAACUUAUUUAAAGAAUGUUUUUUAAUGAGUGGGCUAGCUGUGUUGCACCACAGUCACAGCCGGCCCAAAAGCAACAGCUGCUCUGUUAUAGGAAUAAAAGAUAUAGUACAAU